AUGGUGCCGCGACCGAACUCGCCCGCGGGCGCGAAUCAAGCGCCGAUCGUGGUGGUGAAAGUCGGGACGUCGUCGCUGCUGAAAGGGGGGACGAGCGGACACCUGCACCUGUCGAAUUUCGGGAUGCUCGCGGAGACGUGCUGCGAGCUGCAGCGACGAGGGAUGCGGUGCGUGGUGGUCACGAGCGGGGCCGUCGGCGUGGGAUGUCAGGUGCUGAAUAAGAAGAAACCGCAGGAUUUAGCGGGAAAACAAGCUAUGGCGGCGGUCGGGAUGGUGCGCCUCAUGCGAAUGUAUGAUGAUUUUUUUCAAAGCGUCGGGCAGCCCGUGGCGCAGGUGCUCAUCUCGCUCGAUAACAUCAUGGAUAGGCAACAGUAUAUGAACGCGCAGAGCACGUUUCGGUCGUUGCUGGCGCAAGAUAUUAUUCCAAUCGUGAAUGAAAACGAUACGGUGGCGGUGCAGCACACGAAGUUUGGGGACAACGAUACGCUGAGCGCGCACGUGGCGGCGCUCGUCGACGCCGAUUACUUGUUCUUGCUCACCGACGUCGAUGGUUUAUACACCGCGAACCCGAACACGAACCCGGACGCGACGAGAAUCUCUGUGGUUGAAAAUAUCGACGAUUUGGAAGUCUCCACCGACGACGCCGGGGCGAGUGGUUUGGGCACGGGCGGGAUGGCGACCAAGCUCUCCGCCGCGCGUCUCGCCGCAGCGAGCGGAUGCAACACCGUCGUCAUGCACGCCAACGCGUUGCCGGACCUUUCGGAUAUCAUUUUACACCAGAAGUCGGUCGGCACGCUCUUCCUCGCCAUGCCUCGGCCUCUGCGCGGGCGAAAGCGCUGGAUCUUGUUGCUUCCGCCUUCGGGCGACUUGGUCGUCAACGCCAACGCGGCGCGCGCCAUGGAAACCAAUAAGUCGCUCUUCUCUACGGGCAUCGUCGCCUGCCGCGGCGACUUUGUCGCGGAAGACGGCGUGAGAAUCUUGACUAUCGAUUCCGAAACUGGCGACGAGCGCGAUCUUGGCCGCGCUAUCACCAACUACUCGUCGGAGGAAAUCGAAACCUUCAUCGGCAAGUCAGCGGAUGAAUUCUACGAAAUAGUCGGUUACGCCGGCGCUGAAAGCAUCGCCCACCGCAACAACAUCUGUUGCUGGAUUCCGUUCGGUCAAGAGCCAAGCUCGCUCAAUUUGGCUGGCAUGACCGGCGGAAGCGACUGA